GACAUCUACCGGCUGCAGACUGACGACUUCGACGAGCCAGAGGCCCUUGAGGUCUUCUACGAUGAUGGAAGGGGCGGUACCGUUCGCGAGAUUGUGUUCAUCGACCCCAUCUACGCAGAACGCCGUCCUCGCAUCUGCGUGUCCAUUGAUGGAAUCCAGGCGAUGCACAACACGAUUUCCUGCCUCACCCGCAAGGUCGACAAUCUUGUCGCGACAUUGGCGAAGUGCAGAUCAGCGUAUUACAAAGAGCUGACCACUCUCAAGGAGCAGCUCUACCAACAGGCCUUGGCGAGAAAAGACGGGCGAAAGCACUCGAUCGAUGCAACUGUUCUCUUUGAUCCUUCGGCGUUUCAAAGCCAGACCUCUCAGGAAGUGGAGAUGGAGGUCAAGCGACGAACGGAAAAGCUCACGAAGAGGCUGACGGAGGUGGAGGUUGAGAACCUGAGGCUUGGAAGCUUCGCUGUUCUGUGCGAUGCAAAGAGUGAACAGUUCUUCAAGAACACAUCUGUGAAGAAGUCUUGGUCGAUUCUGCUUCAGCCGUUCCGGGCUUGCUGUCAUGUGACUCCUGCUGCUAGCUUCGAUGCGUCACCGGCAGAGCUGCAAUACCAACGCAGCAGCGAGCUCUUUGGUGAAGUUCCCGACUGCCGAAGGCUGAAGAAGCGCAUUGCAAUCCUGACGAUCGAAGUGACGCAGCUGGAGAUCCUUGGAAGCAAGCAUGUUCGCGAAUGCCCGUGGCGCAAGGAAUGCCCACACGCCUGCACGAACGUCCACGUGAGAAUUGCAAUGCUGCAUAGGAGCAGGAGUAUGGUUGAUCCGGAAAUAGUGCAUGGCCACCAGAUCGCCAUGGGAAAGCCGCGCUCACAAGCUCCCAAGAGCCCAAGCAAAGUAAAGCCGAAGACCAGCAAGGCUCCUUCCGCAAAAUCUGGUGCGAAAGCAUCGAAGAAGACGAAUGCAGAGGUGCCAGGAGGUGACAGCAGUUUGGUCCCGUUCGGUGCAAACUUUGUCCGGCAGGAUCUUCGAAGGAAAGCUGCUAGCAAAGGCACGCAGACCCGGGCCCGGAACAAGAUGUACGGCAAAGAUGGCAGGAUGAAAUCCAAGUAUGCCCGUGUGCCGGAGCCGCUCUCAACGAUCCCAGUGACACGCCGGCAGGAGAAGGCGCUGCGCUUCCAGCACUACCAAAACGCAGCAUUUCAGCGGACAUCUUUACUGAAGAAGUGUUCCUCCAAGAGAGAGCCGAGGAGCUUCUCCUCAGCCAUGACGCAGGAUCUGCUGGCAUCGAUCCAGGAGGAGGCCCUGGAGGAGGUUGCAGAUGAGCGCCCGCCUGAUGCAGCGGGCGAAGAUAUCUCAGCUACGCAUCAAGAAUGGCUGCCUUCUAAAGAACGUGCAGCUGGGACUUACUCCGCAUCGGACCUCACUACAGUGCUCCAAGAGGUUUUCGGCCACGAGGCUUUCCGUCAGGGACAGCGAGAGGCCAUCUUAUCUGUCCUGGCCAAUCAUCGGACACUGCUGCUUUUGGCAACUGGCUGUGGAAAGUCCCUCUGCUACCAACUGCCAGCGUACUUGCUGCGGGAGGAGGGUUUCACGCUUGUGGUCUCCCCGCUGGUCUCCCUUAUGUCCGACCAACUCGCACGCCUCCCGGGCUGCUUGCGAGGUGCCAUCUGCAGUGGCCAACAGUCCCGUGACUCGGCGCGUGAAGUCAUGCGCGCCGUGCGGGCGCGACUGGUUGAUGUCCUCUUCGUGUCACCGGAGAGGCUGGCGACGUGGUCCUUUGAUGGCUGUGGCUUACCUCCAAUUGCUCUCGCUUGCAUCGACGAGGCCCAUUGUGUCUCUGAAUGGUCACACAAUUUUCGUCCAGAUUACUUCCGACUACACGAGUACCUCGUCCAAUCCCUUGGUGCACGACGCAUCCUCGCCCUCACUGCCACCGCCACCAGGCCCACCGUAAAGUCCGUUUGUGACAUACUGCAGCUGGACACUGUGGUUCGCAGCGACAAUACAUUCACAGUGGACGAGCUCAUGCGAGAGAGAAAUCAGCCGACAGUCCAGCGCGGGAACCUCAUCAUGGACGCGCGCAGCGUCCCAGAUGCCGACAGCCAAGUUCGCGAGCUGGUCCAGGUCCUGCGUCAUGAUGCCAACCCUGCUGAGUCAGUGAUCAUCUAUGUUUGGAGGCGAGAUACAGCCGACCAGCUUGCCAAACAGCUACGGGCCUAUGUCAAGGGUGGGGUAUGUGCCUACCAUGGCAGCAUGCUCGCGGAGGUUCGCAGCACGGUACAGGAGAACUUCAUGUCGGGCAAGGUCAAAGUGGUGGUCGCAACUGUGGCUUUUGGAAUGGGACUGGACAAGCCGGACAUUCGCCUUGUGGUGCAUUUCGGGCUGCCGAAGAGCAUUGAGACCCUUGGCUUCCUCUGA